UGACCCGCAUGGGCCUUCUGCAAUGGCUGAGACACAGCCCGCCCAAUCCAUCGAAGAACAGCCCAAUUCUCUCACCCGCUAAACCAGACCAAAAUAAUUCAUCAUCCUGGGUAUCCAUUCGAAUCCGAAUUAACUUUGUCAGAGUAAACCCGGCCAAUAUGAUUUUGGGGUGGGUUUUCACUUUUCUCCAAAUUUGACAAGAAGUGUAAUGAGUUUGACGAAGUUUUUGUAUUUUAAAUAUAUGCACUGAACCCACCGACCAUGUGUUAUAAUUAUGACUCUCUUAAACAUUUUCUUCCCAUCCAUAACUCUCAAACAUUUAAUCAUUUCAUAUACCUCAAAUCCUUCUCAUUUUGUCUCACUUUUACAAAUAAUGACAAGAAAAAUUAGAUUGCAUCAACUUUAUAUAUGAUUCUCACAAAAAAAAAAAAAACUUCAUAUAGGAUUGUUGGGAGUGCAGGUUGACUUUGGUAUGUCAUAUUACAUCUAUGCAUAGUUUUAGUGGUGGAGUCAUAAAUUCAAAAAAGGGAGGGUGACUCGAAUUGUUGUAAUUGAGGGAAGAGGGACUAAAACCUUACAAACUAUUUUAAUUUCUAAAUUAUUCAAAAUUUACAUGUAAUUUUACUUAUAUUUCAUAAAUCUCUUCAGCCUACCUUCACCGCUGAUAAUUUUUAUUUAUGACCUGGUUACGAUUUUAAAACGAGAUGGUAUUUAGCAAAAUCGGUUGAAGCUCUCCAAAAGCCCACACGCAUCCACUAGCUAGAUACGUAGCAUGCUGCUAGCUAGGUUGUUGAAGAGAUCAAUAUCGUUUCCGCAUCUGCAAUGUCCUUACACAAAUACCUCCCUCUUCAUACUGCCCAAAACCUAGAGGUCUCCACUUCUUCUUCUUCUUCCUAUAAAAACCAUCUAAUCACACUCCCCUUUGCCCAAUCAUCCUUCGCCAACUCACACAAAACCACAAAGAAGCCAGAAAAAGGGGAUCAAAAUGGAGAGCAAGAGAAGCUGCAGGUGGCAAGCAGCAGCUAGUCGGAUGAUGAUGAUGGGAGCAGUGGUGCUCUCACUGGUGGCCGCCGCUACGGCGGAGGCUGGUCCAUCAACAAGUGAAGGCGGAACUGGGUGGGCAUGGGCAGGUCAUGGAGUAGCAUUAACAAGGCCGAGUGCGGCAUGCACGGGAUGUUACCGAGGAUGUUUCAGCGAGUGCAUGGCGGACAAAGGUGACCAGCUCAAUACUAUCGACCCUUUCGUCUGUUCGGCGGAGUGCUUUGUCCACUGCAUCUUCUCCUUCUACAUGCCUCCUCUCAGCGCGCACACACUUUGCACCGCCGGCUGCUCCGUCUCCAGAUGCUCCAAGUUCAGCUACAUCGGUCACCCCAAUACGGGUGAAGUUGGGAGCUGCAUGGAUGCUUGCUCCAUCGGCUGCACUGAGAAACAUGAUAAGUUUCCCUAAUUUGUUCGCCAGCGAAUACAAGAUGGAAAGCGGAUCGAUGCCGCCGUCGGAGGGUGCAUGCUUAAUUUAUUUAUUUGUAGCAAGAAUAAAAGUUUGUUUGGGGUAGUUGAUAUUUAUAAUAUGAUCACAAAGAAAUCAUGUUUAUAAUAAGGAAUAAUUGGAGCAUUAAAUAUUGUAUAUAUAUUCGGAAGUAUUUUAUGGAUUUUAGGUAUUCAUAUGUAUACAUAAAAAUUUGAAAUACUAACAUAACGAGAAUACCAAUAUCUAUAUAUUUCUCUGUGAUUAAUGUUUACUUUUUCACCUUUAAGUGUUGCAUACUUGUAUCGUGGAGUAAAAGAAGAUCGGACAAUGAUCUGUACAACGUCUUAAACCGGGAUAUAAAAUCAAACCCUAUUAAACAAGGGAACAAAGAUAUGGUCUUUUCUCGACCAAUAAGGUAGAUCAAAUAACUGAAAAUAUCAUCGAAGAUCAUUGAUGUGUCUGCAAAAAUGACCACACCACGGGCAUCCAAAAGAAACGUCUAGUGAACUUUAUCGAUAACAUAUUUUGCAUCACAACUCGUAACACCAUGUAUCACCCACCAUCGAAUCGCCUCCAUAAGCGCCAGAAAGGCAGUGGCGGAUCCAGGGGGUAGCCACCCCGGGCCAGCCCUCUCUGGAUCCAUAGUUAGUAUAGGCCUUAUGAAUUUUUCGAUUUUAGAUAUUCGGGUCGUUGUUAUUUUAAAAUAAGAUUGGGUAUAAUUA